AUGGGCGCCGACGAGAAGACGCGCGUCUCGGGCGAGGUCCCCCGCGGAGAGAACAACGGCUCGAUCUUGCCCACCACGAACCCGGACGUCGAGAAGUCUCAGUCUUCCAAGGCUGCGAUUCAUCCCGCGCUCUAUGUCAUUGUCUGGAUCUCGCUGUCCUCCUCGGUCAUUCUCUUCAACAAAUGGAUUCUCGACACCCUCAACUUCCGCUACCCCGUCAUCCUGACGACAUACCACUUGACCUUCGCGACCAUCAUGACACAGAUCCUCGCUCGCUGGACCCACGUUCUCGAUGGACGCAAAUCGGUUAAGAUGACUGGUCGUGUCUACGUGCGGGCUAUCGUGCCCAUCGGCGUCUUCUUCAGCUUGAGUUUGAUCUGCGGCAACUUGACCUACCUGUACCUCUCCGUCGCUUUCAUUCAGAUGCUCAAGGCCACCACCCCCGUUGCCGUGCUGCUGUCCGGUUGGGCUCUGGGCGUUUCCCAGCCCAACUUGAAGGUCUUCCUCAACGUCUCCAUUAUCGUCGUCGGUGUCAUUGUUGCCUCGAUCGGAGAAAUCAAGUUUGUCUGGAUCGGCGUCAUCUACCAGAUUGGAGGUGUCAUUUUCGAAGCCCUGCGUCUCACCAUGGUCCAGCGCCUGCUUAGCUCGGCCGACUACAAGAUGGACCCGCUCGUGUCGGUCUACUACUUCGCUCCUGUUUGCGCCGUCAUGAACCUGGCCGUUGCCCUCGUUUGGGAGAUCCCCAAGGUCACCAUGGACCAGGUUUACAACGUCGGUCUCUUCACUUUCUUCCUGAACGGUCUUUGUGCCUUCCUGUUGAACGUCUCUGUCGUCUUCCUGAUCGGCAAGACUUCUUCUCUGGUCCUGACUCUUUGCGGUGUUCUCAAGGACGUCAUGUUGGUCGUUGCCUCUAUGAUGAUCUGGGGAACGCAGGUGUCCGGUCUUCAGUUCUUCGGAUACAGCAUCGCUCUCGGCGGUAUGGUCUACUACAAGCUCGGCUAUGAGCAGAUCAAGGGCUACAUGGGUGAGGCCGGCCGCCAGUGGGCCGACUUCGGCCAGCGCAAGCCCAUUCUGCGCAAGCUCAGCAUCAUUGUGCUCUCCGCAUUCGUCCUCUUCACGCUGCUCGGUGGCCUGGCCCCGACGUAUGCCCCUGAAUACGACCCCCACAACCUGAUCAACGAAGUCAACAGCCACUUCGGCAGCAGCAGGGCAUAG